UUCUGUCGCCAUAUUGAAUAAUUGCUAGCAGAAAAAGUUGUGACGCGACGAAUUGGGUGAAAAAAAUUGAAAUUUAACGCGUUUAAGUGCUAAACUUAUGGAAAAUUCUACGGAAAAGUGUUAAAGCAUAAACUGUUUAACAAAAAUUACAUAAAUUUUAUGAAAAGUUGCACCAAACUAAUGAAAGUAAACGGCAAGACAACGGCAAUAAGGCAUCGAAAAAACGCAACAUCAUACGAAAGACGACGUUGAAUUUGCAACGAAUUAACGAAAGUCUCUUUGUUUGAGGGAUUUAGUCCGUCUCCGUCGUUGUACAUACUUACAAACGUAUACUACGUGCGUAGUAGCCAAAGAGCGCAACGUAACGCACACACAAGAGAAAUAAGCAAAGAAAACAAGAAAGAAACACUGUAUUAUUGAAGGCUGUUUUGAAUAAAAACUACCAAAAUUUUUGGCCUUAAUUAGAGAAGUUUAUUAUUGUAAUGAGUGUCGCUGCAAUGACUAUGGACGAUCAGAGACCAUUGAUGAAUAGUUACGAUAAAAUGUCCUCUAAAUAUGAACAAAAUUUACAUAAUGCCUCCUCGUCGUCGUCGUCGGUAGUUGGAGGAGGCAACAGUGUUAGUGGCGGUGGUGGUGGAGUAGGCUCUAUGGGCGGCAAUAGCGGUGGCCUAUUGUCGGGUCCCGCUUCGCCUACACCCUCGGUCACAGAGGAACCCACCUCUUCCUCACAUCAUGCGGGAAGCCACCAUCAUCACCACUCGGCUUAUUCACAUCAUCAUCAUCACCAACAUCAUCAUCAUCCGCAUCAUGUACAUCAUGCGGUAAAUCAACAACAACAGCAGCAGCAACAACAACAGUCCUCAAGACCCUCAUCGCCGCCGAUAUCAACGGGCGUCAUGCAUCAGGAUACAGUUGCUGCUGCUGCCAUCAUUGCUGCAGCUGAACAGCGCCAACGUCAACUCGAAGAUGAAAUUGAAAAUCUUAAAUUGGAACAACAACGUCUUACCAUGCAAUGUACCGAUGCCCAAAGACGUGAAAAAAUACUUAUGCGUCGUUUGGCCAACAAGGAGCAGGAAUUUCAGGAUUAUGUGAGCCAAAUAGCCGAAUAUAAGGCUGCUCAGGCCCCCUCAGCCGUUGCCUUGAGAUCGGCCUUGUUGGAUCCAGCUGUAAAUUUACUUUUCCAAAAGCUAAAGAAAGAGCUCAAAGCCACCAAGGCCAAAUUGGAAGAAACACAAAAUGAAUUGUCGGCAUGGAAAUUUACACCCGAUUCAAAUACCGGCAAACGUUUAAUGGCCAAAUGUCGCCUUUUGUAUCAAGAGAAUGAGGAGCUUGGCAAAAUGACCUCCAAUGGCCGUCUGGCCAAAUUGGAAACGGAAUUAUCGAUGCAGAAAAGUUUCAGCGAAGAGGUGAAAAAAUCACAAUCAGAACUUGACGAUUUUCUCCAGGAAUUAGACGAAGAUGUUGAGGGUAUGCAAAGCACAAUUCUAUUUUUGCAACAGGAACUAAAAACUACUCGAGAUCGUAUACAAGUAUUGGAGAAAGAAAAUUUUCAACUAAAAACCGGCAUCUCAUCGAAUCAGGACGAGCAACAGGAAGCAGGCGUUGUUAAUAUGAUUAAAAAUGAACAGGAAAUGUCUCCCGCCGCGAACAACAACGCUGUCGUUGUCGAUGGUCAAGAAGAAGGCGAUAAUAAGUCAACAGCAGCAGCAGCAGUUAUGAAUGGCAAUAUUUAUGGAAAUGAUGUACAAAUGUCCACGACGGAGCCGAUGUAUAAACAACAAAUGCCCUUGGAGGCAAUUGAUGAAAAUGUCACGAUGCGUACCGUAACCCAAAACACAGCAUAUUACAAUGGCAGCGAAUGCGAUGCGGCAAUGAGUGAACUGAUACAUGAGGGUAAUGGCGGUGGAGCCAUUGGUGCUAAAAUGAGAACGGUUGCCUCAAGGAAACGCAACUACGAUUGUGACGCUCCCAUCGAAAGUAUACAAAUGACGCCGAUGGCAGCACAACAACAGGCACCCAUUGCCAUGGUCUCUUCACCGCGUACUUUGCCUCCGAAAAAGUCCAAACUAAGAGUUGUGCCUCCCACCCGUAGAUCCUCAAUUCAAUCGAUUGAUGAAAAUGAAAUGCUCAUUAAUGCAACGACAGUGAAUAGCAUUGUGGACAAUGCUAUGGAUGGCAUGGCCAAUGAGGAAUCAGCGGCGUGUGUUGGUAGUUCUGGCGAUCCUCUGGCAAAUGAUGCGGCGACAUCCCUGAAUGCCAUGGAUCAACAGCAACAACAACAAGGCUCUGGUAUGGUGGCUCAACGUAUUAUGACCCGACGAAGAUCGGUGCGACUAAAUGGUGCCAGCAAUGGCGGCGGUGGAGGCGGUGAUAGUAAUCAUUGAUUUGUUUUAGACAAAUAUUCAAUCUAGACAUAUUCUCACACACCUAUUCUACUCUCCCCACCCCACACCACCCCCGUCUCAUCGCCAUUUAUAAUUAUGACCACUUGUAAAACUCCUACUGCUCGCCCUUGUUCGUAUGUCUGUCGUCGUCGUCCACUUCUUCACAAUGGCAACAAAAAACAAUAACAAAUUUAUUAAGCUAAUGAUGUAUAUCCAUUAACCAACAAAAAAUCACAAGAAAUUUAUGCAAAUAUUGUUAACAAACCUUAUAGAUUUAUUGCUACAAUUAUUAUUAUUAUUAUUUUCUUUAAAUUAAUUCUAAUUUAAUUUUGUUUGUUCUUAUUUUUAAGAAUAUUUCUUGCUUUUGAUUAUUUUGCCUAAAAUUCAAUUUUUUUGAUGAAUAUUCUAAAGGAAUUACUCAGGACUUUUGGCUGAGCCCGCCGCCCCGUCCCCCCAUAAACCAUUCUUUACCCAGAGAUUUAGGCAUGAUUAUUGUUUAUUCCUGUUUAACAGACCUAAGUCGUCUCCCCGAUGGUCUUUCAUUCUCAGAAAAGCCAAUUUUAUUUAUUAUUUGCAGAAGGGAAGGCUGGGCUAAAAGUCCCUUUAAAUUUUUUAAUUCUCAUCAUUUCAUUUUCUCUCUUUUCCUUUCUUGAUGAUUUCCAUUUUAUAUAAAAAGAAAACAAAACAACAUAUUAGCAGCUUGCAGCAGUUUUUAAUCUUUCUCUCCUUAUUCUUGCUUUUCUUUCCUUUCAUUUAUUUCAUCUAUUUAGUUUAGCAUUGAAUUGGUUUUUAUCACAACUACUAUUAAUUACUAUUGCAAAACAACAACAACUACCAUAAAAUCAAGUAAUUUUUUUAUUAUUAUUUUAACCCUGGAAAACAAAACAAAACAAAAAAUACAAGAAAAUAUUUUUAAAAUAGUUUUUAAAUCAGCAACACAACAACAACAAAAAUCAUUGAUCAAUUUUAAAUUGACCAUAUUUUCUUUAGUUUAGUUAAUAAUAAUUAAUUUUUAUAGAAUUAUAUAUAUUUAUAGUGUUUUCAUGAGAAAAAUGAAAAAAUAUACAAAGAUAAGAUAUUAAAAAAAAAACACAAAAAAUAAUAAUAAAUAAAAUAAUAUAUUAAUAGUAACGAGAUAUAAAAAAGAAAAGAAAAACAAAAAAAAAAAACAAUCAAUAAAAAAAUUUAAAAAAUACCAGAAAACAAA